AUGACCAACAGCUCCAACUGCACGGAGACAGACCUGAAGCGCUACUACGCCGUCACCUACACGGUGAUCCUCAUCCCCGGCCUCAUAGCAAACACGCUGGCCCUGUGGGUCUUCUACGGGUACAUGAAGGAGACUAAAAGGGCCGUGAUAUUUAUGAUCAAUUUGGCCAUCGCCGAUUUACUGCAGGUUCUGUCCUUGCCCCUGAGGAUUUUCUAUUACCUGACGGGCACGUGGGAAUUCGGGGGAGGGCUCUGCCUGCUCUGCUUCUACCUGAAGUACGUCAAUAUGUACGCCAGCAUCUUCUUCCUGGUGUGCAUCAGCGUGAGGAGGUACCUGUUCCUCAUGCACCCCUUCAGGUUCAGCGACUGCAAGCGUGUCUGUGACAUCUAUGUCAGCGUCGUGGGCUGGGUCGUGGUCUGCGUGGCCUGUCUGCCCUUCCCGCUCCUCAGGCUCCACAAGGAUAACAAAAACACCUGCUUUGUGGAUCUGCCCAUCAAGGAGCUCGACCUUCCCACCUCCAUUACGCUGAUGACAAUAGGGGAGCUGGUGGGGUUCGUGACACCCCUGCUCAUCAUCCUGUACUGCUCGUGGAAGACCAUCCUGUCACUGAAAGAGAAAAACUCUGCUUUGCACGACCUGGGGGAGAAGAAAAAGGCUUUGAAGAUGAUUCUCACCUGUGCCCUGGUGUUCCUGAUUUGCUUUGCACCUUAUCACAUCGGCUUCCCCCUGGACUUCUUUGUGAAGACCAAGCAGAUCAAGGGGGGGUGUGUGCAGAAGGUGAUCUCGGUGUUCCACGCCGUGGCUCUGUGCCUCGCCAGCCUCAACUCCUGCGUCGACCCCGUCAUCUACUACUUUACCACAGACGAGUUCAGGAGACGCCUCUCCAGGCAGGAUCUGCACGACAGCAUCCAGCUCCACCACCUCAGCUACACCAGGAAACACUCCAGGGACGUGCUCAUGGAGGACACCACGGAAUAGAGACUCACUAGAUGCUGGGCUUUGGCCCACUGUUCUCCCCACGACUCAGGCAAACUUCUGCUUUCAGUGAGGGUUGGAGUAAACAAACAAACCCCCCACCCCCCCAAAGCCCAAACCUGACCAAAGAUGUGUUGAUUUAAUACUUUAGUUGCAGUUUUUCUCUGAAUAUAAAUAACAGCAUUUCCAUUCCUAAGCUGGGCAGGCUGGAGCAGGUGAGGACAAGGACCCGUGGCAGAAGUGAUGCUGUGCCCUGUUGUCACCUGUGGCACUUCCCGGCCACAUCCUGGUCAUGCACUUCAGCAAGAGGCAGCAAAGAUUUUGGGCUCCUGCUAUGCAAAAUGAAUUUGAGCCAAAAAAAUUACAGGAUGACACAAUAUUAUAUAUUUCUGAAGCACAAGACAAUCCAGCAGGGACUAACCUGUGCCAGGAGCCUCCAGCCACAUUGACCAUGAAGUGAGGAACAAAAAGU